GUCAAAGAGCACAAGUGCGCGAAGCGAUUGUCCUAACCUUGUCUCUCGCUGAAUCAAAUCGCUGAAAUUUAUGGGAAUUAAAAAACACGAAAUGUCAAGCUUCAUAUGUCGUCUGCUUGCGAUUGACUUGUGACGUCACUAACAAUCAGCUGAGUGAGACGCGUCAACGUAGUGUGUGUACGCCUCAACCACGUGUCUGCCAGUAAUGACUGGCGUUAAGUAUUUCUCGUCGUCGUCGUCGCCGUCAGACGAUGUAAGAACAAAAAUGGAUGGAUUAGUGAUGCAAGUACUAUACGGAAGCGAGACCGGAACUGCACAGGAUGUCGCUGAACAAAUUUGGAAGAGCGCCCAAAGAAAACAACUCCAAAGUACUAUAUCAUCGUUGGACGAAUAUGACAUGCGACAUCUCUCUUCUGAACAACUAAUUGUCUUUGUUGUCGCAACUACUGGACAAGGAGAUGCUCCAGCUAACAUGAAAACAUUUUGGAGACAUUUACUAGGCAAGAGUCUUCCGGCAGAUCUGCUGCAAAAUUUAAAGUAUGGCGUACUUGGUUUGGGUGAUAGUUCCUAUUCAAAAUUCAACUUUGCCGCAAAAAAAUUAAACAAACGUCUUGCGCAAUUAGGUGGCAAAGAAUUAUUACCCAUUGGACUUGCCGAUGACCAGCAUUAUUUGGGCAUUGAUGCUGUAGUGGAUCCCUGGAUUAAAAAAUUAUGGGAAAAAAUUGCAAAUAUUUUUAAAAUUUCUAUAGAAGACAAGAUUCAGGAAAAUUUGAUAAUUGAAAGAUUUCGCGUCUCAAUAUUAAAAAAGAGUGAUCUCGAUAUUUUAGAAAAACCAUUAUUUAUUAAUGACAAUUGUAAAUUCUAUCCAUAUGAAUCAGACAUUGGCAUCUAUGAACGAAAAACAGAUAUAAAUGUUAAAAUAGGAACAAUAUAUGAAAAUGUAAGAACCACUUCAGAAGAUCAUUUUCAAGAUGUUAGAUUAAUAACUAUCAAAUUACUAUAUGAUAUUAAAUAUGAUCCUGGAGAUGUUAUCUAUCUUAGACCAAAGAAUUCUAUGGAACAAGUGAAACAUUUCUUUAAUAUACUUCGUGAACACAAUAUAGAAUUGUUUCCAGACACAAUGAUUGUAGUAACAAAGAAGGAAAUAAAAGUUCCAUUUGCUUUGGCAGGCGAAUGCUUAUUUUUAAAGGAAAUUGUUGAACAAUAUUGGGAUCUGAAUUUCAAACCACGAAGAUCUACAAUGCAUAUUUUGUCUCUUAUCAGCGAAAAUGAAUUAGAAAAAGAAAAAUUACGCGAAUUUGCUAGUCCAGGUGGCCAAGAAGAGUUUUAUGAUUACAUAAACAGACCAAGAAGAAAUAUUUUAGAAGUUCUCGCGGAUUUUCCUUAUACAACUAGUAAACUAAAUAUUGGAUUGUUAUUUGAAAUUAUGUCACCUAUAAAACCACGUCCUUAUAGCAUUGCCUCCAGUUCAAAAGCUACUCCAGAUACAAUUCAAAUUUUGAUAGCGGUAGUUAAAUACAAAACUAGACUGUUAGAGCCAAGAUUUGGUUUAUGUUCAAAUUGGCUAGCAAGUUUAAAAAAGAAUAAUAAAGUGGUAUUUUGGCUGCAAAAAGGAACUUUUCGAUUUGAAGAUAAUAAGCCAAUGAUUUUGAUUGGUCCUGGAACUGGAGUUGCUCCACUUCGAUCCUUUCUUUUGGAAAAAGAAAAGGAGCAAAAGGAUUUGAAAGAAUGUGUUCUGUUUUUUGGAUGCAGGAAUAAGGAUAAGGAUUAUCAUUGCAGGGAAGAUUUUGAACGCUUAUCAAAAGAGAGAAAUUUGAAAGUAUUCUGUGCAUUUUCUAGGGAUCAAAAUCAUAAAAUAUAUGUGCAACAUAUUAUUCGUGAACAAAGAGAAUUAUGCUGGCAGUUUUUACAAAAUGAUGGCAAUAUUUAUUUGGCAGGAACGGAACCUGUGCGUCUUUCGCCAGGAUGGGAAGGCACGGGUAGACCUGAUGACGAACUUAAUUUUAAAGGCGUUACAAUGGAUCAAGCAGAUCUCGAAUUGAAUCCUCCUAGAGAUAGAUUAAAUUUAGUAUUUUGCAUACUGGUACUUCAUGGAAUCGGUGCCUUGAUGCCAUGGAAUAUGUUUAUAACAGCUAAAGAUUAUUUUGUGAAUUACAAAUUAUCUAUGGAGUACACUGGUAUAGAUACAAACUAUGCAACAAAUUUCCUUGCAUACUUGGGAUUUGCAGCGCAAAUUCCUAAUCUAUUGUUUAAUUGGCUGAAUGUGUUUUUACAAUUUGGAGGUAAUUUAACAACGCGUAUAGUGUGGAGCAUCUUUGUGCUGGUCUUAAUAUUUGUCUUUACUGUCAUCUUAGCGAUGACUGACAGUUCUGGUUGGCCUGGAGUAUUCUUCUGGGUUACUAUGAUAUCUGUUGUUAUAUUAAAUACUGCCAAUGGCAUUUACCAGAAUUCAGUGUUUGGAAUGGCAGCAAAAUUGCCCAUCAAAUACAUGGGCGCUGUUGUUUUAGGCUCGAAUAUCAGUGGAACUUUUACAGCUAUUAUAAAUUUCCUUGCUCAAAUAAUGGCGCCGAAUGCGCGUACUGCUGCUAUAUAUUACUUUAUCACAGCUUUGUUCAUCUUACUGGCUUGCUUUGACACAUAUUUCGCACUUCCAAUUAAUAGAUUUUAUCGAUAUCACGAGCUGCUUUAUCAGAAAGAGACAAGCAAAAGACAAUUAGAGAACAAUUCCAGGGGAAGCAACAGACCACCAUAUUGGGCAGUGUUUAAAGCGUGUUUCCCGCAAUGUUUUAACACGUUUUUAAUCUUCUUCGUGACUCUAGCGCUUUUCCCAUCAGUUCACUCUGAUAUACACUCUUCAGAUGAGAAUUUCGUGAUUCCGCCUGAAUAUUAUAGCAGUGUUAUGUGCUUUUUAACAUUUAACAUCACUGCAAUGUUCGGAAGCUCAAUCGCAUCAUUAGUUCAAUGGCCCAGCCAAAAAUAUUUGGUAAUUCCAGUAGUACUGCGACUUGCUUACAUACCGUUGUUUUUAUUCUGCAACUAUCAACCGGCUCGCAUAGAGAGAUCAUUGCCAAUAUUUAUCGAUAAUGAUUGGAUUUUUUGGGUUAUUGCUAUUACUAUGGGCCUCAGUAGUGGCUAUCUGUCAUCAUUAUCAAUGAUGUACUGUCCUAGAAUGGUGGAUUCGCAGCACGCAUCAACGGCCGGCAUGUUUGGGGCAGCAUCUUUAAUCACGGGGAUCUUCACAGGAAUUCUAUUUUCCAUGGCAAUGCCGAGUGUGGUGUCCAACGUGACGUUUUGAUUGUUUUAAAGAUGAAAUUUAGCGCUGCGAUAUGCUUCUAUUCACUCAGGAGUUAAAAAAGGAUGGAAAAUUGAGAGCUAUUGGAACGUUUCUCUUAUUAGAGUUAAAGAUGAGCAAUUUUUAUUCUUUAAGAAAAAAAACAUUUUAAGAGCGGAAAUACUGAGACUAUUGCUCUUCAAUGAGAAAUAAGAGAAACAUUUCGAAAUGUUUACAUAUACGUUGAAAAUACAUAUACAUAUAUAAUCAUACAA